GUCACAUUCAAGGCAAAAUAAUAAUAUCAACAAACUUCUCGUGUCAAAUAUUUGGAUCCAAAUAUAAAUAUUAGUUAAUAGAUAUAAAAUAGUGCGGAAAUAAUAAGUUAAUGGGAAAAUUAUGCAAGAUUGUUAUAAGUUUUAAGGUACUUCAUGAACACCAAGAUGGUUUAAGAUGAUCCUCUGGCAAAUUUUGUUACUAUUUUUCUGUAUUUUUCCAAUAUGGAGUCGGUUACCUGAAGGGCAAGAUCUUCGCGAAAUAAGAGAAGAUGAAUGUUAUCAAAAGUGUUUUCAUCAGUCGGCGGAGUCAUGCCCAGAUACUCAUGCUCCCUGUAGAUGCCAACAAUUGGCGAAUUGCAAAAAAGCUGUAGUAUGCUGUAAUGUUAAUGACCAAACGUUAAAAGAGCAACUUAAAUGUGCAAACUUAACUACAAGACAAAACGAAAUAGAGGCCCUUCACAUUCGAAACGCCACUUUAGAAGUUUUACAUCUCAACCUACCCGAAUGGAAGUACCUUCGGUCCAUGACAAUAACAGACGGACAUAUAAAAAACGUCAGCGAAGCUUUUCCGAAAAUGACAAUGGUUUCUUGUUUGAAUUUAUCAUCGAAUGGGAUACAGGGAAUUCAGCGAAGAUCGCUGGUGAAUCUCUACAAAUUGAGCUAUCUCGAUUUGUCCCACAACAAUUUGACUGAAGUGCCUAAUUUUAAAAUAAAAGGUGCUGUUACGUUGGAUAUUUUAGGAAAUCCAUCAAUUUCUUGCUCAAGCGUCAGUGAAGCUAUUGGUAAAUCUGGUAUUACUUUUAACAACGAAAAUUCUACAUUUUGCCAAACGAAAAACUUUUAUUGGUUUCUGUCCAACGAUCAAGUAAUAAUCUCUGAAUUAAGAAGAAUUCACGAGCUAGAGAAUAACUGCAUAUCAAACUGCACGUGUAGUCCUUUCGUAUUGAAUCUUGGUACGAAAAUACCUAGAGUGCAUACAGUAGCUGUCAAUUGCUCAGGAAGUCAUUUAUUAACUAUGCCACAUAAGUUGCCUCCUCAUACAGUGGCGUUAGAUGUCUCCAACAAUAAUAUCACGUCUUUGAAGGAAUUGCUUGAUCCAUCUUAUAAAGAAUUAAUAUUUUUACAAGCUGACAAUAAUCAAAUAACGUCCAUAGAACAAUUGGAGGGUACUCAGUUUAAGAGCAUUUUUGAAUUUUUGAGUCUGAAAAACAAUAAGAUUACAUAUAUUGACACUUAUCUAUUGGAGUUUUACAGACCCGCUGUCAGUGUACGUGAAGUAUAUUUAGGAUUAAAUAAAUUAACUUGUGAUUGCACCACCAUGACAGACUUUAAGAUGUGGUUACAAACAAAAUCCGACUUCAUAAAAGACUAUAAAGAAAUAAUGUGCGACACCGACGAAGGGGACAUUCGAGUCGUCGAUAUAGACCCAUCGAAAUAUUGUCAGAGCAACGAAGACUGGACCGAUUACAUAUAUUACAUAAUAGCCGCCGAAGUGUUCUUAUUGGUUAGCCUUAUCGCCAAAGUGUCUUACGAUUACUGGGUGUUUAAAACCGCGGGAUAUUUACCGUGGCCGGCUAGCAAAAUGCCGAAAUUGCCUUGCGAUUGGCUGUGCGAAUGAAGCAAGUAGUUGCAUCGGUAGUUGGAGG